AUGGCAGUCGACGACAAAUAGGCGUCACGUCGGUCUCGUGAUACGCGGAAAUAAAAGGUGCCAGUCGGUCCCAGUUCAGAAACUGACGGAAGCCUCAAAGGACAGAAACAUGGAUGUCUGCACUCGUUUUGUGGUUUUGUUCUGCUUGAUGGGACUCACCUGUGCGGUGCCGGUGAAGUUCAUUGAUUGCGGCUCCUCUUCUGGCAAAGUGUCCAUAGUGGACAUUGACCCAUGUGCCAGUCAGCCAUGUCAGCUACAAAAAGGACAGGCCUACAGUGUCAAUGUGACGUUCAGCAGUGCUGUUGACAGCCAGACGAGCAAAGCAGUGGUUCACGGCAUCAUUGCUGGAGUUCCCAUCCCCUUCCCCAUUCCCAUAGAAGAUGGCUGCAAGUCUGGAAUCCAGUGUCCAAUCCAGAAGCAGCAGAAUUAUCACUAUCUGAACUCUCUUCCUGUGAAGAAGGAGUACCCUGCAAUCAAACUGGUUGUGGAGUGGGAACUGAGAGACGACAACAAACAAGACCUGUUCUGCAUCCGGUUCCCAGUUCAGAUUGUGAGCUAAGAUAGCAGAAGUACUUCUCUCUCGCACAACAUUUUUUUUUUUUAAAAGGGAUUCAGCUAUGAGUAAAAACCUGUAGAAUGUAAAUUGAUUCUCGUUAAGAUCUAAUUUUAUUCACUCAUAAAAUUGAUUUUUAAGAUGUAUGUCUUUCACUGGUUUGCAAGACUUUGCUGCACUCACACAUUUUGACUCCUGCUGAAAUAAAUAAACGGCUGAUUUUUGCAAUGAACUUACUCAGUUAAUUUUAAGAGAAGUGGAUGUUUGUGAAUGACCCACUUCCUCUUGUCUUACUGGCUGCUGUGUAGUCAGAAAAGGUACAUUCUGUAUUUUUCUUUACUAAAACGUUUGUUUUCUUUCUUACUGACCUGGUCUACUAGACAUAUGUAAUUGGAUAUUGUAAAUUAAAUUUCAAUAAAGAAAUCUAAUAUG